ACGCGACUUCUUUUUUUGAACUUUUUAAAUUUUUCAGCCCAAGUCAUAACCGCCGGAUUCCGUUCCAUAUAUAUUUAUUACGAUUAUAGUAUCGUUCUCAGAUUACCUUGGCCGUAACUCCGUGGCAGACAAGUUCCCCGCUCCAAUAAUUGCCGCCAUUGCCAACGGUAGAGCUACAUUUUGUUCUCUGUCAAAGUGACGUUGAAAAGCGCGCGAAACGGGCAGAAUCCGCGCGUUCUAAAUUUAAAAAUUCAAAAGUGAAAAUGAAGGAACUCGUACCCACCAGCCAGUGUUUGGAAAAGAAUGGAAACGGAUCGAUCAUCGUUACGAAGAAUGGAAAGAAGAAUGACAACGAUGAAAAACUAAACAUGGCCGCCGUAAACGGAAACGGAAAGGAAAUGCCAGAUGUGCCAGUGCCGCCAUCAUCGCUAAUCAGACGCGUCAGCUCGCGCUCAAUUCGAAAUUCAAUUUCCGAGGAGAAAGAAAAUGGCGACGUUUGCGCGGGGAAGGGUUCGUUCGUUAACAAGUACAGCAAGAAACCGGAGGCAUUGAAGAGUUUCCACAUGAACGACGCAGAGAGCGAACUCGAGGUGCCUGGCACUCCAAUGACACCUAGGACCUCCACCACACCUGGCCAUGAAAACUGCACGUUCCACCAUGACCUUGAGCUGGACCACCGCCCGCCUACCAGGGAGGCUCUCCUGCCGGACAUGGCCAACUCCUACCGAUUGCUACUGACAGGUCUAGGCGAAGAUCCCGAGAGGCAAGGUUUGCUGAAGACGCCAGAACGCGCCGCGAAGGCUAUGCUAUUCUUCACAAAAGGCUAUGACCAAAGUUUAGAAGAGGUCUUAAACAACGCCAUAUUUGAUGAAGAUACCGACGAGAUGGUGGUGGUGAAGGAUAUAGAAAUGUUCUCGAUGUGCGAGCACCAUCUAGUGCCUUUCUAUGGGAAGGUGUCCAUCGGGUAUCUACCGCAGGGCAAAAUUCUCGGCCUUAGCAAAUUAGCCAGGAUCGUGGAGAUAUUCUCCCGUCGCCUGCAAGUGCAGGAGCGCCUCACCAAGCAGAUCGCGGUGGCUGUGACGCAGGCGGUGCGACCCGCUGGAGUCGCUGUCGUUAUUGAGGGAGUUCACAUGUGCAUGGUGAUGCGCGGAGUCCAGAAGAUCAACAGCAAGACGGUGACGUCCACCAUGCUCGGAGUGUUCCGUGACGACCCCAAGACACGGGAGGAGUUCCUCAAUCUCGUGCACUCCAAGUGAGGGCCACAUAUACUGAAUCUUUCGUUGUACUUGCAUUCGUUAUGUUAAAGCGGUAUUGGACGGUUCGUGUGAUUUUUUUUUUUUACAAAAAAUCAAAAUUCGUUAAUUUCAAGUUUGCUUUACAAGCACUUUUAAAAUGUCAGGUCUUUUGCAGUGACUAUUAUGAGUCUUUUUUUAAAGUACCAAUUUGAUGCCUAACCUACUUACUUAAUUUGUCAAAGCUUAACUUUAAAGUAAAAUUAUGAUUAUGAAGAGAAAAAAGUUUAAUUAAACAAAUUACUCAAUUUUUUAACACCUAAAUAGAAGUUAAAAGUUUACCCGUCACCCGUCAGAGGUGGAUAUUUUUACUUUGUUUUUGUUUAAACAACAGUCCAUUAGUCACUAGACAAAAUGUACGAUUUUUAAUUUUAAAAAUCUUUCAACCCCAUUUGGGGGUAAAAUUUAAAAAAAUUUUGAAUAACAAUAUUUUUUAUGUUCUUCUCUAUAAUCUUGUAAUAAUAAUGAGUAAUUUCAUUGACUUAAAAAAUCAUUAAAAUCAACGAACCGUCUGAUUCCGCCUUUGCUUUGUUUCUAUUAUUUUUUUAUUAAAAGCACUUUCUUUACUUUAUUAUUUAAUAAUUUAAUUAUUAUUAUUUAAAAUAUUUUAGCAUUCCAAGCAAAAAAAAAACACAUUUUUUUACAUUUACCAACUACAUUUAUUUUUACUUAAUGUGCAAUUACCCAAACAUUUUUUUAGUUACUAUACAAUAGUAAAAAGCAAAAAAUAUUUUAAUUACUUGCAAAACAGCUUGUACAUAACAUAAGAAUAUUUUAAGUAUCUGUGUUCAAUUAUUAUUUUUAAUUUUAUGUAAUAUUAUUGUCAUCAAAAUCAAUAUUACUAAAAUAAAUGUUAUUGAAAUUUAAUUAUGUCUAAAAAUAAGGUUCCUUUUUAUUUACUUCUAUUAUUUUAAGUUAACUUUAGAUAACUGUUUUAAAUUCAUAUAUUUUUAUGAAUCUUAUAUUUUACUACAGCUAGAAUAUUAAAAAAUAUAUUUUUAAAAAAUAGUUUGUCAAUCCUGACAGAAUGAAAAAAAAACUACAAUAAUCGUUGAGACAGACUAGACAAAGAAAACGAUGAUAGACAUUCUUUUAAAAAAAAAAAUGUGAAGCUUUAUUAACAUAUUCUAUAUGCGUUCUUUCAUUGUUAUGUUUUACAAACACAAAAAACAAUCGUAAAAUAUGAACAAAAAAAUAUUUUAUUAUAAUUUAUUACAGAGGAUUCACGUUUAUAUUCUUCUAUUCGAUUCUAUUCUAUAAUUUAUUUAAUAAAAAUUGUGCAGUAAAGUGUUACUAAUAUCAAACUGAUUAAAAAAAAAUCAUAUCCACAACGUAGUCAUACAAAAACCAUACACAUAAUUUUGAUCCUCGUUUUCAAAAUAGUUUAAAAAAUUAACUUGGAAUCUAAAGUACCUAAUGAUUAUUUUGAUUAAUUUUUUUUAAAAAGUAUUGCAUUAAAAUAAGCUUACUGUUCCAAUGCUAGUUAACUGCAUGAUAAGAACGCACGGAUGUGUUAAUAUAGCUGUGUCUAUGGCUUAAUAUUUAGGGGUGACCAUAAAUAGAACAUGAAUAGACAUGAUGUCAAAAUAAAUCCUAUAAAAACCUCCUAAAAUCUCCCGUGCGCUAUGGAAUGGCCCCAUUAAAAUCAAUCGUUGCACGUGUUAAAGACAAUUUUAGUACCUACGCUUAAGUUCAUAAUGUUUAACUGAUUUAUGGUCAACCUCUAAAAGCACUUGUAACAUGUUAAAUUGUUUUAGUUGAUUUUUACUUCAACAUAUUGCCAAUUCGUGCCAAAUUUAAUGUUCGCAUUUUUUUAUGUUUUCUCACAUACAGUAUCAAAAUCUGUUCGUCAUUGUUGUUUGUUGAAUAAAUAUUUGUUCAAAUUUGUUUUUAAAUAUGUAAUUUUAAAUCUAUUUUAUUCUUUAGUAAGAUUAAUAAGUGUUUAUUUUUCAAGUUUUCCACCAAAAUUCGACAGAGUUUUUGUGCAAAAUCAUAGUUAAAUAUUUUUUUUGUUAUGACUAUACCGACCUAAUAUGAGUUAUGUGAAUGCGCUCUUACGUUUAUGCAAGGAACUAAAUAAUACAAUCAUACAAAUAUCAAAGGCAGUUACUUUUUCUAUAUAAUAUAUUAAAAAGAUCGAAUUAUGAAUUUAAUUAUUUUUUAAAUCAAUUUGUUUAUUUUUUUGGGGGAUGGAAUGUAAAAAUAUUGCCCAAACAUUUCUUUCCCCAAAACGAAUCAAAUGAUUUAAUUUAGUUUUAUGUUAUUUUUAGUUUCAAAGCAAAAAUCUCAAGGCGUUUUAAUGGCUGACACUUGACAUUUUUGCAGAAAGAAAUCUCUUUUGUUUUUAUUUUAUUUUUUGACAAUAAAACAUAUUGUGACCCAAGACGUUGCCUUAAGAUUAUUGUGAAUUGUAUACAAAUUUUAUAGAUAAUAUAAUGUUUAAUAUGACAAAAUAUUGUGAAGUGAGCAUUUGAUUUUAUAAAAUAAAUUUUUAACUUUUAGUUGAA